AUGUGGCAUUGUAACUUAUUAAUAUUGCUAUUGCUUGUCAUUCAAUUUUGCUUUGCUCAAGAACAAGCAGUGAAUACUUUUCCAAAUCCUCGUACUAAUGGCUACAGUGAUUGUGGGCUAAAAUCGAAAGGAUAUGUGUGUGAUCCAGAUCAACAAUUUACCGAACAAGAAAGAUAUCGACUGAACAAUGAUUUGCUUCAACUGUCACAACGAACCUCGGGUGAUCAAAGUGCGGACUUUUGCACCACAAAAGGUGUUGAUGCUACUUUAUUCAUCACAAAACAGGGUAAUGAGCAAUUAGCACAUCAGUUGAAUACCCUUUGGGCUAUUGAUGAGCAAUGUAAAAAAUCAAUGGUUUUCGUACUUUCGACCAAUGACCAUAACUUAUAUUAUGCAGCCGAUGAGAAUUCUCCCAUAUCAAUUAAUAGUUUCAAAAAAAUAAUCAAAGAACAGCAGGAACUUUUAAACGAAGGCAAAUUUACGAAAGCUUUAACGACGAUAUUUACGAAUCUUGGCGAAUCUAUUCAGAACAAACAAAGCAACAAAAAAAGAAUAGAGAUAAAUGAUGAUAUGCGAAAAGGAGGAACAUCGAACGGUAUUACCCAAAUCAGCAUUUUCUUAUAUUUUAUGAUAAUUUCAUCAACUGCCUUACACUUACUCGCUGUAUAA